UGAUGCUGAAAAUGCGCAAGAAACAGACGAAAUGACGGUUCAUUCAGAAAACGAUCAAAGUACAGUGAAAGUUGAAUCUACGAAGCCAAGUGGAUCUGCCACGACAGGAACAACUAGUGAGCGAGUGGAUACACAAAACCACUCGAUAGGUAAACGUUCAAUGGAAGAGGACAAUGAUGACAGAGCGAAAUUGAAGAACAAAAAGGCUGAACAUGAUGGAGGAUUAGGUAUGGCAGAUCUAAUACACUCCACCAUCAAACAUAAGGAAGGCUUGCAUCCUCAAGUUAAAACCUUUAUCAACGAUUUUAUAGGAAAGGAGCAAGCCAACGUUUACAAAGAGCAUUGCUUGUGCACGGAGAUCAAGCUCCAUGAUGAUGAGGAGAAAAGUAAUGAAGCUAGUUCCAAAGAACAGGAACACUUGGUAACUAAACGCGAAGCUAAGUCGAAUGACCAAGAAAAAGUUGAAGUAAAUGCUCUUGGACAGAAGGAAAAAAAAGAGGAACGAGACAACCUGGUAAGCAAGGAGUUGACAAGAGAGAAUGCAAAUAAGGAAGCUGAAAGGGAUAAAGACCUGGGAGAGGUAAAUGUGAUAGAUCUAACCCUUAAGCACGAAGAGGGACUGCAUCAUGAUGUUAAAGAUUUCAUCAAUGACUUUAUACAAAAGGAACAAGCGAAUGUUUACAAAGAGCACUGUUCGUGCAGAGAGGUAAAGCUACAUGAGGAUGACGGUGAGGGAAAUCUGGAAGCUAGUUCAAAAGAGCUGGAGCACGUGGUGAGCAAACGAGAAGUUAAACCGAGUAGUGGGGAAGAACCUGCAUUAGUGGGAACGACUUCCGUAGAUAAAAACAUAAAAUUGCAGGAACAAGAUCAGAUUAGAGAUGGCGGAGAACACGUAGUGACUACACGUGAAUCUGACUCAGGUAUCGAGACAGACACAAAACAUUUAACGGAGAAGAGUGAUAUACAUAAUAUAUUGGAAACAGAUGAACAUAAUGAACAGCAUAAAACUGAUUUGAUUGGACUUACUCUAAAACAUAAGGAACGGCUACAUCCUGAUGUGAAGGGGUUCAUCGAUAACUUUAUUGAGCAGGAGCAAGCAAAUGUUUACAAAGAACAUUGUUCGUGCAAGGAGGUGAAGCUUCACGAUACUACAGAGGAAAGUGAUGAGACGCAACAGUCAGGCACGGAUAAGAGCAAGUCUACAGUUUUAAAACAAAGAUCAGUCGAGACUCCUGAAAAUGUUCAAGACAGAGUCAUCAGAAGAGUUCAGUCUGUGGAUGCCACCAAGCUUGCAAACUACCCAAAUUAUAAACCUCCCACAGCUGAGGUGAAGAGUAAUCAAACCCUGACUGCUCAAAGCAAAAAUGACGAAAACAUUGAAGGAGGUUCUAGGUUUGAUAUAGCAAAACUGCGAGAAGAGCUCGAAAGGGUGCAAGGUGAAUCGAAGCUAAGCAGCUUCCACACUAGCUACAACCCAUAUAAGCUACGACAAGAGCUUAAGCAAUAUUCUGGACAAAAUGGCACAAAGAGCGAUCGUAAUAAUAACCAUAAGAUGUUCGGUGCCGCAAAUGCCGUUUUGAAGAUUCAGUCCAUGUGGAGAGGGUUUCUUGUAAGAAAAGUGUUGAAGAGUAAUGGAACUCCAGACAAAAACAAGCCUCAAGUUACAUCUAAUGGGGUUUUGAAGAAUAUAGCACAAAGAGACACUAAGGAAGCGCAUAAGGUAGUUGCUAAUGGUGGUCACGCAAUACCGAAACAUACAGGUGACCCUCAUUCAAAAUAUUCUGAUUUCCUUCCAAAUGAUUCUGAAAUAGCCAUAAACAAUUUAAAACCUACUAUGGAUAGCAGUGAUCCAGAAAAGUGUGCUGCUAGUCAACCUGGCUCAAGCGACUUUCUGGCAGAACACGGAGAAAAGUUGGCAGCUGCGACUGCUGGGGUGUUGAUGACUGAAGUUGAACGUAGCCAGGACAUUAGCAGUGCUGAAUCAAAGGUAUCUAAUGGUGGACAAAGCAUUCCAAAAUAUGAGCAAGGGCUUGGAUCAACAAAGAAAGAAUAUCUAAAAAAGGCAGAGAUAGAUCAUUCUGAAUCAGUCACUGAGCCAGGCUUGGAAAGCAUGCCUGGAGAUCCUCAAGGAAGCUCUGAAAAAAUUAUACCAAAGCUCGGGCAGAAGAUUCAAAAGGAUAAGCAGAUGUUUCAGAGGAUCAAUGAAGAACCUGUGAAAGAGACAUCGGCAAAUCAUUCUACCAAUGCGACAGAAUUCAAAACCGACGCUAAACAUAAAAGUGCUAGAGACGCAGAAAGCUCCAAAGCAGUAGUAACGGAUGGUAACGAAGGUUCUUUAAAAUAUACAUUGCUGAAUCAUGCUGAAACUACCACUACCGCAGAGUUGAAAAGCGAAGCUGGUCAUAAAAGCAGUCAAAACACACACAGUUUUGAAACUGUAGAAUCUGAUGGUGGGCAGACGAUUCAGAAAGUUAAGAAAACGAUUGAAACUGUAAAUGAAGAAUCUAUUAAAGAAACAUCGAUGAAUCAAACCAAAACUACAACUACGACACUUUAUAAAGCCGAAGCUGGACACGAAAAUAGUCAGGACACCCAAACUUCUGAAACGGCAGUUUCUGCUGGUGAACAAGAUAAGAAAACAGUCGAGACAACGAAUCAAGAAUUUUUGAGAGAUCUGCUGCAAAGUGAAGAAGUAUCAAGUACCCAAAAGAAGCCUGCGAUGGGUGUAGAAGGUCACAUGUUCCCAGACACCAGUAGCCUUGAACUGAACAAGUCUGUUGGCGUAGUAACUCGACCCCUAGAUACAGAAACCUUAAUCAGUGGAAGAGAUGAGGGAGCAUCGCAGAAUUCGCAAGUUAAUCCUACCGAAAAACUCAAGAGCGGAGUUGACCAGGAGUCGCAAGGCACUGACAUGAAAGCUGCCAACGAUAAGCAAACAACUGCACGAGAUUCGGCAAUUACUGCUCAAUAUGGAAAAAUAUCUCCGAAAGACCGGAACAGUAGUAGAACCAGUAGUUCUAGCGGUGAACAAAAAAUGACACAAACACUUAAAAUGCAGACUGAAACAUCCAUAAAUGAUGGUCUUGGUAACGAUCUUUCAAAAAAUUCUAAGAGUGAGGUAAAUAACAUAGGAUCUACAAAGUCCUUUGAAGCAACUAGUGAUGGAGCAGUGAGUUCCACACAUGAGUCAGGGGCGUCUACAGCUGGUAAGGAGGAUGAAGAGGAGCUAGAGAAAGCCGCAACUGCAUUGCAAUCUAUGUGGAGGGGAUUCAAGUCUAGGAAGGAGAACACAAAAAUGGAACAGAAAAGUAUGAAAAGAACAAUGGAAGACAAAGAUAAGAGAAAAGUAAGCUCAAUAAGCAAGGAAGAUGCAGCUGCACUCAAAAUACAAUCAGUAUGGAGGGCAUACAUGGCUAUGAAAGCUGCUGGCAAAUUUAAGGAAACACCAUUAAACAAAAGUACAAAAAGCUAUUUGGACGACAAAAAUGUAGCAGCAACCAAGAUACAAGCCCACGUUCGAGGACACUUGGCGAGGACGGGAAUCGCUCAAGAAAAACAAAGUUCAAAAGAUGCUCAAGAAUACAGGCCAACAAGCAUUGAUUCGACUGACUCAGCUGACACCAUAAUAUAUCAAAAACUCUUGGAUGAGGAUGAUGACUAUGAUUCUUUAAAUUACGAUGCGGCCAUUGAUCAUGCUGUUCAUGUGCCACUGCUCCAGGAUGAAGGUUCUAUUACUGAAUACCAAAAUAAACUGUUCGCACAAAUAUCAGGCAAAUCAGAAGAACCAUCUCAUAGAAAGCGUUAUACUGGGGUUUUGGAAGACAGCAAUCAGUCUGAGGAAACCUCUACAGAGGGAAAAGAACGGUCAGCUAUUAAAGCUGUUGCAACAGGCAAUAGCAUUAGAGACACUACAGUUGACACUAAGGAAACAGAUGUUGUUAAAGCUAUUAAGGUGGAAGCUGGGACUAGACCACAAACUAGGAGAGGGCCUGCGAAAGACGUUGAAAAUGGAAAUAGUUCUAUGAAAGCGAUAGCAAGUGUUACAGAGGAUACAAGUAUCCAACAUGUUGAACAAACAAAUGAUUAUAUUACUGAAGAGACUAAAGACAAGCCAACGGUAGGUCAAGUCGCUCAGAAACCUGACAGUGUUAAGGAUAUUGAAGUUGAGGAACCAAGAGUACACUCCAGACAAAGCUACGUAACAACAGACAGAAUAUCUGACAUGAUACCACAAGAUCUUGAGGUGGGGGGGAGGAGUACAUUGGAGCUAUCGAAAGAAGAAAGUCAAGCUUCUGGGAAACUGGACCCAAAAGAGAACGAGAAACCAGAUGAUGCAAGGAGCUCGGAAGUUCAACACUCUGGCAGUGCAACAGAAAAGGUACAUCUACAGCAUUCUAGCGAGAUGCACGAUGCAAUUUUUCUGCCACCGGUUCCAGAAGAAAGUGUUUCUCAUAGUAAUGAUACUAAAGACGAUUCCAAAGGUACUGAAUCAGGAAAUGAGAAGCUCCUAGAGGGCAGCAAGGCCGAAGAUGGUUUAAGGCAUAGCAGUGAAUAUCAUGAUGUUAUUAUAAUUCCGUUUAAGCCAGACACUAACCACAGAGAUGCGAGGUCAGAAACAACAGAAGAAGCAGUAACUAAGAGUAAAGGCGAAGACCACGCAACUUCAGAAAAUAAACUCUCAUCUGAGAAGGACAGCAGAAGUAGUCCCAUUGGUCUUCGGCAUAGCAGUGAGCUACAUGAUGUUGUUGUCUUAUCUGAAUUGCCCUAUAUGAAAGCUGGUUCCAGAGAAUGAGAAUAACUGUUAGGAACUUAAUAGGUGUGAGGUAUACAUAACUUACGCAGCUGAGGAGAAUAAGUAAAAAUAGGUACCUGUAGAAAUUUGAGAAACUAUUUACACACUCGAUUAGUUUUAGUAUUGUUAAAAAAACACGAACUCAAAGUUUGGACUAUUGAAAUGCCUUAGUGUCGUGAUGUGCUAAAGUGCAACAUCACCUCAGAACACCAUGCUGUUUUUGAGUUGAUUCAAAUGGUACUUUGUUCAAAACAAGCAUAGGGUGACGUCACGUCAACAUAACGUAUGAAGCAUUAGAAGCAAGUCCUUUUAUAUGAUGUUUUUAGUUUUCCAUCGUUAGCCUUUAAAAUAUACUAAGUGACAUAUAAAUCCGAACACCCAGUUUAAAUGGU